AUGUAUGGAUUUUGCUCCCAUCCAGCGUAUAAAUUUCUCGUCUACGACUACAUUCAACAGGGAAGCCUCCACAGGAUAUUGGAAAAUGAGGAGCUAGCAAAGGAAUUGGAUUGGCACAAGAGAAUUGCUGUUGCAAAUGAUGUGGCUCAAACAAUAUUUUAUUUGCAUCACGAAUGCAGUCCACCUAUAAUCCAUCGAGAUAUCACAAGCAACAACAUCUUACUUGAUACAUCCUUCAAGGGUUUUGUCUCGGAUUUCGGCACGGCAAGGAUUCUUAAGCCCGAUUCAUCAAACUGGAGUGCACAAGCAGGAACGUACGGCUACAUGGCUCCUGAACUGUCGUACACAUCUGUUGCGACAGAGAAAUGUGAUGUUUAUAGCUUUGGGGUGGUUGUGUUAGAGCUAGUGAUGGGCAAGCAUCCAAGGGAUUUAUUAGAUGGUAGUCUUUCUAACGGCGAACAAUCAAUGAUGGUGAAAGAUAUUCUGGACCAACGGCUGACAACACCAAUAACAACAGAAGAGAAUAGCUUAGCUCUGCUCAUCAAGCUGGCCUUAUCUUGUUUGGAAUCUUCUCCCCAAUUAAGGCCAACCAUGCGGGAGGCAUACCAAACACUCAUCCAACGACCAUCUUCUACUUCUUGUUCCGUGCCUUUCAGCGCGCUUAUAUUACAGCAAGGGAUGCAUGCUGAUAUAAGGUCUGAAUCCUAG